AUGUUCGGCCAAGUGAUGUAUAUCUUUUUGAAAAGCCAACAGGUAAAGAGAUGCCGAAAGUCUGCUUCGACCCAAUCGGAUAACUCGACGACAAGCAGUUUUCUCGAAGAAGGUAUACGGAAUAUCUCUCUCUAUGCCGAUGAUGAAACCGACGAAUCCCAUAGUUAUCAGCCCCUAACUUCUCAGUCGUCUCGAGUGCGGCCGUACGAGAACGUGCCAGAUAUUCUCUCGAAUCUUCACGGGACGAAUAAGCGACUUUCUGCGCGUUAUACAGGCCUCAGUGGUCUUUUGGCCGAUCCAUUUACUGGAAAACAUGUGUGCGUUGCCCUAGCAGGUCCUGGUGAGUUAUGCGAACAUUUCCUCUUGAAACCACUCACCAUACUGUUCGUUGAGUACGUUGGCAUCACCAAAGUGUAUUACUUCUUAACCCUCUAA